GGACAGGCCAGCACACCCGCAGCACUCAGCAACCGCCUCGGGGCACCCGACAGCUCCUGGACACAGAUCCCCGUGAAUAGCCAUGGCAGGGGAAGGGGAGCUCAACCGUGUCAUCAAGGACCUGCAGAAGACCGUGGCUGAGCUGAAAUGCAGCUACCAGGAGAAGAACCUGCCGGUGACAGACGGGAGCCGAGAGCUGCACAGCCUCUGUGCCCAGCUCGAGUUCCUCCUCCAGUUUGACCUCAAGGAGAAGAGGAGCUUCUUUGGGCAGCGCAAGGACUAUUGGGAUUUCUUGUGCCAGGGCUUGGCACGGUGCCGGCAGGAGCAUGAAGGCAUUCACUUCGUCACCUCCCUGGACAAGCUGAAGACCCCUGUGGGCAGGGGCCGAGCCUUUCUGCGGUACUGCCUGGUGCACCAGCAGCUUGCAGAGUCCCUGCAGCUCUGCCUCCUUGACCCUGAGAGCCUCUGCGAGUGGUACUACGCCCGUAGCCCCUUCCUGAGCCCCAAACGGCGAGCAGAGAUCCUGGGUAGCCUCUACGAGCUGGACUGUGUCACCUUCCACCUGACGCUGCACAGGGAUGACCUGGACACCGCCUGGCCCAUGUUCUCUGAGCCACUGGUACGGCCCAGCCCAGUGAUCAGGAGCAGCCCAGCAAAGACAGCCCUGCAGACAGACAGUAUUGGCACUGCAGCGCAUGGAUGGUCCGAUGGCAUUGGCCAUCCCACUGUGGCACUCCAUGGGGCACCAGCCCAUCCGUGCCCACCCACCUUGGCUGCCCUGCAGGCAGGGAGUGUGGAAAUGGAAGAUAUAGAGGGAGAUACAGAGGAUGGGAAAGUGAAGAAGGACAUGGAAGAGGAGGAUGAAGAGGGGAUGGAGAAGGAUGACAGUGAGGAUACAAAGGAGGUGAAGGUGGAGGAUGUGAAGGUGGAGGAUGUGAAGGUGGAGGAUGUGGAAGUGGACGUGGAGAAGGAGGUGGAGGAGGAUUUGGAAGAGAAGGAUGAAGAGCUGAAGGAAGAUGAGAAGGAGAUGAAGGAUGUGCAUGUACAAGAACUGGAGGACGUACAUGGCACUGGCAAAGCAGCCCAGCCUGAUGGUGCUGGAGAGCCUGGCAUGUCCCCACUGUCCGCUGGCACAAGGUGCAUGCUGGGGUCCCUGUCACGGGUGCCCAGGCAGCCGGGUGGGACAGAGGAAUCCCUGCAGGCACUGGUGUCCCAGCUGAGGGCCGAGCUGGCUCAGCGUGAGGCGGCAGCACGGGCGCUGGCAGUGCGGCUGGCGCGGGCGGAACUGCAGCACCAGCGGCAGGAGGAGGACAGUGCCCGGCGGGCCCAGCUGUGGGCACGAGAGGCUGAGGCACUGCGGGAAACCAACACCUUCCUGCAGCGGGCACUGGAGGCAGCAGGGGACCCGGGGGCACUGGCACAGGCACAGGAGGAGGCACGGCGCUGGCAAGAGGUGGCAGAGGAGCGGGGUACCCGGCUGGCCAGGGCGCUGGCAGAGGUGGCAGCGCUGAGCUCGCGCCUGCGGGAAUGCCAGGAAGCGCUGGCGGCGGCAGGACAGACAGACAUGCCAAAGGAUGCUGGUACCUCAAAUGAGGUGGCUGCCGUGGAGAAGGUGCUGCGGCAGGCCCUGGAGCUCGCCCGUGGUCCCCAGGAGCCCCCACCAUCCCCCCUGGCAGAAGGGGAACCCAGCACGGUCACCAGCAUGGCCAUGCACUUGGCCAGCCUGGCCACCACAGCACAGGAGGAGACCUGGCAGAGCCAGCAGCAGCUCCAGGCCCAGCGACAGGAGAUGGCACAGCUGCAGGAGGAGCUCAGCAGGUUGGGCAGGGACCCCUACUUCCAUCACCCACCACCCCACAGUGGGAUCUCCUGUCUCCACUUGCCACAAGGUUUCCCCUGGGGCCCCCAAGGAUCUGCUUGGACAGAGCCGAUCAGCAGCUGGGGAUUGGCAGGGGGAGGGAGGGAAGGAUUUGAAGGGGGGAGGACUGGAGGGAGGGGUCAAUUUGGGACUCAUAGGUUUAUCCGCAUGCAUGGGGGGAUGGAGAGACGAGCAGCUGAGAGACGGGGGACCAUGUCGCCGCUGCCCCGCGGCAGGGCCCGUCAGGACGGUGAGCGCUGGGCAUGGGCGCUGCAGCGGGCGCAGCGGGAAGCCCUGGAGCGGGAGGCGACGCGCGGCGCCGAGCAGGCACGGCAGCAGGAGCUCAUCCGCGACAUGAAGGAGCGGCUGCUGGAGCUGCUGCGGGAGAAGGAUGCCCUGUGGCAGAAGACAGAGGGCAUUGACACCCCGAUGCCCAGCCCGGUGCCCCGCGACCCAGGACUGUGUGUCCGCUGCCACAAGGAUUUCCGCCUUCUCUCCCGGCGGUACAACUGCAGGCUGUGCCAGGGCAAGGUGUGCCACACCUGCUCCGUGGACAUGGGCAAGCACGGCCGCUGCUGCCUGAUUUGCUACCAGCAAAGGCAACUGCAGGCUACGUGAGUGGGGACAGCAGCCCUGGCACCGUGUCUGGGACACCUCCUGCCCUGGCUGCCUCCUCUUGGACUUACUGGGUACCCAGGUGUCUGGGCCCUGCAUGCAGGUCCUGCUGCCCAACAUUCUGGGUUUGACACGUGUCUUU